AUGCAGACUGACGAGUUUAUACCUCGGGACAGGUUGUUCGUGAUCGCCAACCUUGUUGCGCUAGUUGUCGCUCCUGACAAGCUCUACGACCUAUUUUUCAAUUUCUUGCUCGGGAAAUCGUACAUCAACGCCCUCUUAACUACACUCAAUGCACGCCAAGUGAUUCAAAAUAGUCAGACAACGACAAGCAACAAUACUCUAUCUACCUCGUUCCAAACCCUCAAGACUGGCAGAUCUGCGAAAGUUGAUGCGAUAAACGUCGUUGUCGACGUCGAAUCGUUCUCUAAUAUUAGUUCGCCAAGCGAGCAGGGGAACGUAGGGAUGCUGAAGCUGGGUGUCGCGAGGGAGGAUAGCCGAUGA